UCGGUAGAGGUGAGGUCGACGCGGAGGCGUGUUGUGUAUUAUACGCCUGUCGUUCACCAUCACUUCGCCGACCUGUUCGGCGACCUUGUUCGCCCUGCUCUCCUCUCGCCACCCGCUGAUUGCGUGAUGCACGUGAGUGGCUCCCCACGAUUCGCGGGUCCUGCCGUCCGCCCUUACCCCUUAGGGCCCGUGAUCCGUGCAUCGUAGCCAUGCUGGGAAUUUCACACUGUCCUGGCCAAGACCGACAUCUAGCACGCAUAUCCACCACACUCCCGGCCUCUUGGAUGCGUCUCCAUGGAUCAAGACCUCGAGGCCAUUCGCCGCGCUCGCAUGCAAGAGCUGCAGUCGCAGUCUCCCGACGGUGACAAUAAUAACAACCAACAGAAAGAAGAGCAGAAAAGCCGAGAAGCUGAAGCCCGCGCAUCCAUUCUCUCGCAAAUCCUCGAACCCGACGCCGCAGAUAGACUCGGACGCAUCCGACUCGUCAAAGCCUCGCGCGCGGAAGAUGUGGAGAACCGACUCAUCAUGAUGGCCCGCUCUGGCCAACUUCGAAGUCGCGUGACCGAGGCGCAGCUGAAGGACAUUCUGAAUGCGCUGAGUGAGCAGCAGCAAGAGGUGGAAAAGGUCACGGUGCAGAGGAGGAAGGGUGGGUGGGAUGAUGAUGAUCUGGAUGAUCUGUUGAAUGAGGAUACGUGAGUGGCUUGCAGCUGUUCCUCGUGUCGAGAUAUUCUCGAGAUGAUCAUGGUACGCGCGUUCUCGGGGUCGACACGACUUCUUGGUGUGCAGAAAGCUAGGAAGGUCAGCACAGCUGCGCUUGGCUGGCAUGGACCGCGGUGAGGUGCGCGAGGGCAUGUUCUUAUGCCUCACGGGCGAGUGAGUGAUGGGAUGUAUGACAUGCGACUGUGGCAGCUACACUCGUCUGCCAGCUAGCUCAGUAUCACAGCUUCGCUCCUUCGCCGGAGCAGUGAAGUAUCAAUAGCGGCAGGAUAGUGCAUAAGAUAGUGACGAUACCCUUCUACCUUGUGCUGCCUCUCUCGUAUUUGCAGGUAGACUGUAUACCAUCAUUACAAGCCUUUUCAACUCCACACUUCAUGUACUGUCAUACGUAAAGCGUCGGUAUUCAAUUCUG